GCAGACUAAGUGGUUACGUAGCCGGCCACCAACCCGGGGGCUUCCCCGGAGCCGAUAAAAACGGUUCUGCGGUCUCAUGGCUGGGUUGUUCCCCUCAGGAGCUACGGCUUUCCUUGCUUUUCCCGCCAGGCCUGGACCUGGCGCUUCCCCCGCGCGCUCCAGCUGAUGCGCCCUGCCGGUGCGUUUUUACGCACAGCUGGGGCCAUCGGGCUCCAGGCCCCGGCGCUGUGAGCCGCUCCUCGCCUCUCCUGUAGGAUGGACGCUCCGCCGCCGCUGCCCCUUCGCGACCGGCUGAGUUACUCAGUGGGCCAUUUCCUGAACGACUUGUGCGCCUCGAUGUGGUUCACCUACUUGCUGGUCUACUUCCAUUCGGUGCUGGGCUAUAGUACCCAACAUGCGGGGGCGCUGCUGUUGGCGGGGCAGGUGGCCGACGGCAUCUGCACGCCCCUGGUGGGCUACGAGGCGGACCAAGCCGGCGGGUGUGGGCGCUACGGGCGGAGGAAAUCCUGGCAUCUGGCUGGGACCCUCUGUGUUCUGGUCUCCUUCCCCUUCAUCUUCAGCCCAUGCAUCGGCUGCACGGAGAACACACCUGAGUGGGCUGCGCUCAUCUACUUCAUCCCAUUUAUUAUCAUCUUCCAGUUUGGCUGGGCAGCCACCCAAAUCUCUCACCUCUCGCUCAUACCAGAGUUGGUCACUACUGACCAUGAGAAGGUGGAGCUCACAGCUUUCAGGUAUGCCUUCACUGUCAUGGCCAACAUCACGGUGUAUGGAGUGGCAUGGUUCCUCCUGCACUUCCAGAUCGAUCCCACAGAGACAAAGAAACUCACCCAGCACCUCGGGCGCCAUGACAUUCCUGUCUUUCGGAACCUAUCCCUGAUUGUGAUAGGAUGUGGCUCCAUUUCUUCGCUCCUCUUCCAUCUUGGGACCAAAGAAAAUAAGCGGACAGUUUCCAGGUUGCCUGAGGCAGAUGAACAUAGUCCCCUAUUACCUCUAGAGCAAAAACAGUCCAUUCGGCCCGUCCUCCUUUGGAAACACUGGUUUCUGGAACCUGCUUUCUACCAGGUGAAGGCAGAAAAAAUCACAUCUUCUCUCACCAUUAUGCUUCAUUCUUUUUUCAGGAUCAAGGAAUUUGGGAAGGCUUGUCCUACAGAUAUCUAAAAGGGCCUAAAGUAUUGUUCCCUG